AUGUAUAUGUUCAGCUACUCGAUUGGUGGCACUGAUUUCCCUCUUGCCCUUAUUCAUCCUUAUGAUGUCUCCACCCCACCUUUGGAUUAUGGUGAUAACAUACUGGAUGUUGAGCCUCUUGAAGCCAUUCAGCUGGAGCUCAAUUUGGAGGAAGAUUCUGCCAUUAUUGAUUGGUUUUACAACCCACAGCCACUGGUGGACACACUUGCAGUCAAUGGUCCCUCAUAUUGUUAUUGGCAGCUCACACUACCUGUUAUGGUGAAUUUAUAUCAUCUUGGGAGAACCCUAUUAUCAGACCAACCUGAUAGCAACACAAGCUAUCUUUUCAACAAGAAAUCCUUCUUCACUGCAAAAGCUCUCAACUUGGCAAUUCCUGGAGGGCCAAAGUUUAAGCCAUUGUACCAUGACAUGGAUGCUUUUGAUGAAGAUUGGAAUAAGUUCAAUGAUGUCAAUAAAGUCAUCAUUCAUCAACAAAUCCAUACCAAGUACAAGGUUGCCUUCUCUCAUCUCUAUAACUCCCUCCCACACUCUGUUCACCUCUCUCCAUAUCAUGUGCCAAAGAAUGUGUAUAUUUGCACUGAUGAUCCCAACCUACCUGCCUUCUAUUUCAACCCACUCGUCAAUCCUAUCUCCCUGCAUGGCGCUACUCCCAAGAACGCACCACUCAUCUCUCAUGAAGACUCUAUUUUCAGUCUGAAUGGUGCCAACAAUGACUUUGAGUUAGCUGAUGAUGUGCAGCCAUUUCUUGAAGAUAAGCCUCUCGAAAAUGACCUCACUGCUGAUUGUAUUGCUUUAUGGUGGGCAUCUGAGCCUUAUAAUCAGCACUCUGGUUGCAUGCAUCAUGCGCAGGACAUACCUUUGGUGAAGAACUGGUAUUUGGAGCACUGUCCUCCCAACCAGCCAGUCAAAGUUCAUGUAUUGUACCAGAAGUUGCUCAGGUGCUUUGUCCUCAAUGAGCUCAAGAGUCAACCUGAGAAGGCAAUGACUAAAAAGAAUCUCUUCCGGCAGUUGAAGGCAACAAAGUUUGACUGGGUGGAAGCUGGUUUGCAGGUGUGCAGACAAGGGUAUAACAUGCUUAACCUUCUCAUUCACAGAAAGAACUUGAACUACUUGCAUCUCGACUAUAACAUGAACUUGAAACCAGUCAAGAUGCUUACUAUGAAGGAGUGCAAAAAGUCUUGCUUUGGAAACACCUUCCACUUGUGCUGUGAGAUUCUGCGUCUUACAAAGCUUGUCAUUGAUGCCCAUGUUCAGUUCUGCCUUGGCAAUGUUGAUGCUUUCCAGCUCGCAGACACACUGCAGUAUAUCUUUGCACACAUUGGGGCAUUGACUGGUAUGUACUGGUACAAGCACAAGCUCAUGAGACAAGUUUGCAUGACAAAAGAUCUCAAGCACUUGAUCUACUACUGCUUUAAUACUGGCCCUGUUGGCAAGGGUCCUGGAAAUGGGUUCUGGGCUCCUGGCUGUAACCUCCUUGCGCAUCAAUUCGAGGAAUGCAACAGCAAGGGCAUCACAAAAAUGGAUGAUGGAUGGAUGCUCCAAAAUGCUGUGCAACAAAGUGUGACUGAGCAUGGGAAGAGCGCACUAAGCGCGAAUCUCGUUCUCUACAACAACAUUCUUGACAUGAUGCCUGAGUCCAUCAAACAGAACAAGUCAAAGACAAUUCUGCAGCAUCUCUCAGAGGCGUGGCAUUGCUGGAAGGUGAACAUCCCAAGGAAAGUUCCUGGAAUGCCCACUGUGAUUGAGAACAUUAUCCUACAGUACAUCAAGAGCAAGGCUGACUGGUGGUACUCAGUUGCACACUAUAUUCAGGAGCGUAUCCAUCAGGGUGCUACAGUUGAUAAGGCUGUAGUGAAGAAAAACCUGGGUCAGCUGACUUGUCUGUAUUUGAAAGCAGAGCAGGAGAGGCCACAUGGGUACUUGAAGGAUGGGCCAUACAUCAGUGUGGAGGAAGCUGUCGCAAUUUACACAGCAACUGUUCACUGGCUAGCGAGCUGCAAAUUUGCUUCUAUCCCAUUCCUUCCUCUGUCAUACAAGAACAACAUGAAGCUGCUUGUACUUGCACUUGAAAAGUUGAAGGAGGCUUACUCAGUCAAGGGUCGCCUUAACCAGUUGCAGCAUGAAGAGCUUGCCCUCAUUGAGCAGGCAUAUGACAAUCCACAUGAAUGUCUGUUGUGCAUCAAGCAACUGCUUCUCACCCAGUGUGCGUUCAAGGAGGCUGGCAUUGAGUUCUUUGACAUGUACAACAAACUCAUUCCAUGCUACAACAUCAAGCCUUAUCUUGAUCAAUUCCUGUUCUUUGAGGCUGAUCAAAGAGAGUUGUUCCCUGCCUGGAUCAAACCUGCCAACAUGGAGCCACCACUAUUGCUUGUGUACAAGUGGUGCCAGGGCAUCAACAACUUGACAGACAUCUGGGAGAUGAGUGAGGGUGAGUGCAAUGUGAUGAUGGAGACCAUCUUCUCCAAGGUGUAUGAGAAGAUCAACCUGACCCUGCUGAACCAUCUCCUCCAUCUCAUUCUUGAUCACAACUUGGCAGACUACAUCACUGUGAAGAACAACAUGGUGUUGACCUACAAUGACAUGGCACACACAAAUACAUUUGAUCUCAUCCACAGCCUUCAGUUCUCUGCCUUCAUCCUCCAGUACUAUGGUCUCAUCCUUGAUCUCCUCAUUCUUGGCUUGCAGUGA